AUGCGUCGAUCCUACCUAAAUUGCUCUCAGAUGCUGCGUCUCCUCCUUUCGCUCCUGGUGGCGGCGAGCGCUGGUGUAGUAGGUCAUUCGCGGAAUCCCUCCAUCUGCGAGCUUGUCGAUGCCCAAUUGCCUGGUCGCGUUUCCUAUCCCGGCACCGCCGGCUACAACAAUUCACAGAAGGCCUACUUUGCCGGCCAAGAGAGAGAUCUGAGCCCCGGAUGCGUCUUCAGGCCCACCAACACGGAUGACGUCUCACGGUUCGUCAAGCUGGUGGGCUCCGAACGGCAGUCCGGCAGGUCUCCUCGCGGUAGUCGCCCUUCAUCCCCCAAGUUCGCUGUCCGGGCUGGAGGGCACAGUCUCUGGGCCGGAGCGGCAAACAUGAAUGGCGGCAUAACCGUCGAUCUACGUUCCCUCAACUCGGUGGUCGUCAGCGAUGACGGGGCCGUGGCGAGAAUUGGCGGCGGCGCCGUUUACAGCAGCGAUGUCUUCCCAGAAGUUGUCAAGCAUAACGUCACUGUCAUGGGAGGCCGGAUCCCAGGAAUUGGGGUUGGAGGCUUCACCACAGCAGGUGGUAUGACGUUCCUAUCCCGGAGAAACGGCUGGACCUGCGAUAACGUCUACGGCUACGAAGUGGUUCUUGCCAGCGGCGAAGUUGUCUAUGCCACAGCCAGCUCCUCUCCAGAUCUCUGGCUCGCGCUCAAGGGCGGCUCGAGCAACUUUGGCAUCGUAACGCGCUUCGAUGUGGCUGCAUUCCCCCAGGACCUGAUGUGGGGAGGCGUCAUCCUCUUCAACUACUCACAGAGUGUUCUGGAAGGUCACGCCGAGGCAUUCAGCAACUUCAUGCGGCCCGAGAACUUCGAUGAUCUGGCCAUGAUGUCCAUCAUUUUCGGCUUCACCAAUGCUGGUGGGUCGCCGACGUUUUCUGUCUCGGACGCCAUCUUUUACAGCGACGGCGUCGAAUUUCCCCCAGUUUACCAGAACUUCACUUCGAUGCCGGGCAUUCUGCCUGUCAACACCCUGGCACUCAACAACGUGGCAGAUCUGGUGAACGGGUUCGGCGCGGUGCUUCCGCAGAGUGUUGAUCGCAUCUACGAGCUCGUCUACUCCUUUAAAACUUCCGACGCGGCCCUCUACAAACAGCUGUUCCGGGCUUGGGAGAAGUGGACAGACACAAUUGCCGAUAUCCAGGGUGUCAGCGUGCAGUAUCUGAUCCAGCCGCUCCCCGUGACCAACGGCACCAAUUCCCUGGGGCUGACGCCUAAUGCAAAAGACGGUGUGACAGUCUGCAUAACGGCGACCUACCCGAACGCGGCCGAUGAUAAGGUGGUGGAGAAGCGCGUCAAGGCGUUCCUGGAAGGGCAGGUCAAGAUCCUCCGCAAGAAAGAUUUGUUCAUACCGUUCCAGUAUCUCGGGUACGCCGACAAGUCGCAGGAUCCGAUUGGCAGUUACGGGAGGGCGAUCAAAAGGCAGCUGCAGGCCGUGAGUAGGAAGUAUGACCCCAACGGUUUAUUCCAGGAUGGUAUCUCUGGCUCGUUCAAGGUCUUUGCGUAA